UCUCUGGGAGAAGGAGCGCAACGGCGAAGGACAUUUCUGUGUUGAUACAUUUGGUUUCUUGUAUUAUUAUCAGAUUUUUUAAAUCAAAAAGUUGAUCAUGGCAGCAGUCGCGGUACUGCGGAAUGAUUCACUCCAGACAUUUCUCCAGGAUCGCACUCCGACCUCCUCACCGGACACCACCACGCAUACUCCCCUCGCGCUUCUAGCGGCGACGGGUAACCGGAUUGGGCAUCACCACGGAUCGAGUCCACCCGAUUUCCUGCAGGUCCCGUACGAUGCGCCCCUUGGCUCUCCGUCGCGAAUUUUCCAUCCUUGGAAUAACGACGGAAACCUUCAAUGCGCUCUGUCUGGCAAAUCGACUUUGGGACUGUCUCCAAAAUCCCAGCUGUCCGCACACAUCCAGGCGUCGUUUUCUUCCCACCACGAAUUCCCCCUUACCCCUCCGGCGGACCCUACCAACCCCUAUGACUACUCACCCGUGAAGAUGCUACCUUGCUCCGUGCAAUCAUUGCAACUGAGCUGCCCUCCCACUUACGUCCCUGCCUACACAGCGCCAGCGCCUAUUGCACCCGCAGUGCCGGGUUUUGUUCCCGGACGCUCCGGCCUUAUCCACCAGCAAUCCGGACAGCUGUCCCCGAAUCCCGGAGAGGACAUCCCGUGGUGGAGCUUCCAACAGGGGAAUCCCGUAACCUCCCCUCCCCCGCUCGCCCCACAUCGCUUCCCUUUGCAGAGGAGUUUGGUGGUGGGGCAUUCGGAAUUUGCUCAAUAUCGGACUCAGAUUUCUACCCUCCUUCACACGAAAUCCCCCCUCGCCAUCGCCCGUAGGUGCCGGAGAUGCAGGUGUCCGAACUGCCAGUCUUCGAGCUCCAGCGACAAGCCUGGAAAGAAGAAGCAACACGUCUGUCACAUUCUCGGGUGUGGGAAAGUGUACGGGAAGACCUCGCACCUGAAAGCGCAUCUCAGGUGGCACUCGGGGGAGAGACCGUUUGUGUGUAACUGGCUGUUCUGUGGCAAGAGCUUCACCAGGUCUGACGAGCUUCAGAGGCACAUCAGGACGCACACGGGGGAGAAGCGCUUCGCCUGCCCGGACUGCUGCAAGAGGUUCAUGCGGAGCGACCACCUAGCCAAACAUGUCAAAACACACCAGAACAAAAAGAACAAGCCACACGGAAAGACAGAUCACGUUAAAAGGGAAAAUAUCAGAAACAUCUAGUAGGUCAAAAGUAUCCCAAGAUUUUUCCUACAUAUCAAGAUGGAC